CGUGUGAGCUUCUAUAUACAUCGGCCUUCUUUGAUACUCGCCGUCGCUUCUCGAGAGAAAAAGAAAGAGGGAGACAGAGAUGUCGUACUUGCUACCGCACUUGCAUUCCGGCUGGGCCGUCGAUCAGGCGAUCCUCGCCGAGGAAGAACGUCUCGUGGUUAUUCGGUUCGGCCAUGAUUGGGACGAAACUUGUAUGCAGAUGGAUGAAGUGCUUGCUUCAGUUGCAGAGACAAUAAAGAACUUUGCUGUGAUCUACUUGGUGGACAUCACUGAGGUACCUGACUUCAAUACAAUGUAUGAGCUAUACGAUCCAUCUACUGUGAUGUUCUUCUUCAGGAACAAGCAUAUUAUGAUUGAUCUUGGAACUGGUAACAACAAUAAGAUCAAUUGGGCCAUGAAAGACAAGCAAGAGUUCAUAGACAUUGUUGAAACUGUGUAUCGUGGGGCUAGGAAGGGACGCGGUUUGGUGAUUGCUCCUAAAGAUUACUCCACCAAGUAUCGUUACUAGAGUGGUGAUGAUUUUAACCAUGUUUGUAUGGAUAACAUUAAAGUUUAAACUGGUUGAUUUCAUGUGGUUGUGAACUUAUUUGAAAUUAUGUUUGAAGUCUAAUAAAUUUGUAUAUCUAGUUGCUUAA